CCCCAGUGGAGAACCUCAACCAGCAUGAGAGAGUACAGUUUGUUUCUUCUGUUCGUCCUUUCCAUCUUCAAAAAGGGCGUGCAGUGCAAUAGCUGGUCCAUUCACGUCCCAUCUGACGUCACUGGUGAACUUGGAAAGAUGGUUAUUCUGCCCUGUACCUUCACACACCCUUACAAAACCUUUGACCGUACCCUCACUGCCAUUUGGAGGAUCAAGGAGCCGUACAAUGGCACUGUAGUGUUUAAGUGCACCAGCCAGAGUGCCAGCGAGCUCUGCAAGACCGCCGUCAGCUACAAAAACAAAUACAAACUCUUUGGCAACCCCCGGCACAAAGACCUUUCCAUCAGGAUCGACAACCUGACCUGGAGUGACAGUGAGAGGUACUUCUGCCGUGUGGAGUUCUCUGGGGAUAUCCACGACAAGUACGAAAGCAGGAAUGGGAUAAAGCUGCAUUUGAUUGCUUCCCCCAGGAUCAUUAACAUUACUGUCAGUUCCAAUGGGGAUCACACCUUCAAAGCCCGCUGCACUGCCGAGGGUGAACCAGCACCUGCCCUCACAUGGACCAGUCCCCACUCCAGCAACCUCACCUCGGUCACGAACACGAACCACCGCGUCACCAAGGAGCUCCAGUACCUGACACACGACGGCAAAUACACCUGUACAGCUGUCAACAGCCACGGAAGAGCAGAGGGGACAGUCUACUUCUAUAAAUUCAAGGCAUCCAACAGCUCCUUUUUCCUGAUCCUGAUUUUUGUGCCGCUGGGAAUUAAGGUCCUUGUUUUGCUGGUGAUACUGGGCAUGACCCUGUUCCCCAGAGGUCCUUCCACUGCUCCAUCCAUCCUGGCCCGGCCGCAGCCACAGGACUCCACCUACGAGAACUUUGACCGCAGGUGCGACGGCAGCCACAGCCUGCCAACAGAACAACCUGCAGCAAGAUGCAGCUGAAGACCUGGGCUGUCCCACCCGCACCCAUUUGCGUGGUCUGAACCCCUGUCUGCUCUAUGCAAAGCUGGAUCAU